AUGACUGAAGCAACAUCUUAUAGGUUUAAGAAAAAGCCUCCCGACUUGAAAUCCAAUUUUGAAAUGAAGAAGGAAGAAUGGUGCGAAUUCAUAAAGUAUAUGGGUGACUUAAGGAACAUGUAUAAAUGUCCACUACAAAUGAGUGGCCAUUCUUCAGAAAUACACAAUGAAGAUCAUAGUGUUGCUGCUAAUAAAAAGGCAAUUUGUGAAAAUAUAAAUGAUAUUAUGAAAAUUAAAGAAUGGAACCAUGAUAUAGAAUUCGAAAAUCAUUCUAUUUGUAAAGAAUGUUCUUCAGACACAGUAAGCUGUUCUGAGGAAUCUGAUACUGUUUAUAAUUUUAACAAGUAUAAAAUAAUACAAAACAAUAUAUAUUCAAAUAAUGCCAAUUCUAAGAGGCAAAAAAUUAAUGAUAAUUUCAUAAAUAAAUGUAUACCAAAGGAAAAACACGAAGUUAAUGAGGAGGAAAAGAUAUUUAGAGAUGGAAUAUGUAAUAUUAGAAGAAUAAGAAAAAAAAUUACUAAAAGUCCCAAUGAAGAAGGAGAAUUUAAUGAACAGAAUAUUAAAUCAAUAAAAACUGAUCUAAUUGGUUCAAAUGAACAGCUUGAUAUAGAUAACAAAAAUGCUAUACGUAGACCUUUAACUAAAUUGAGUAAGAAACUUUUUCAUCAGAAAUAUAAAAAUUUGCCAUAUAUGCAAUAUAUAGAUGAAAAUAAUCAUACAUAUCAUGGAAAACAAUAUGAUGAUUCAUGUUAUGUAAAAAAUGCAAAUGGUUUAAUAUGUAACAAUUUUACAGAUGUUAAUGAAACUUAUAAAUACAAUAAAACGCGUGUGUGUGCAUAUACAGGAAAAAAUAACCAUGUGAAGGAUAAAACAAGGACGUGGCUAAAUUCAAAGAAUUAUAGUAAUUUAUCCGUUCAUUAUAAUGUUAAUGAAUCUGAUGAGGAAAAAGACAAGAAGAAUAACCCACUUGUUAAGAAAUGCAAUAAAUAUGAAAUAUAUUCCAACGCCAUAAAUACUAUACAUAAAAACAGUAGUAAUAAAAAUGUAAAUAAUAAUUCUAAAAACAAUGUUAAAAUAGGUAAAUCGAUAGAAAAUAAUGCACAUUUCGACGGAUUGUAUGCUUAUAAUUAUGCUUAUUUCGAUAAGAAUGAUAAAUCUGCUGACUCUACUCCAGUGGAUAAUGUGAACGGAACUAUCAUGAAUUUAGAAGAGGAAAUAAAAAAUUAUAAUCUUCAUAAUUAUACGUAA